GGCGGCGGCGCAGGGGGUGGCCCCGGGGGGGGCAGGGAGCUGGAGAUGCACACCAUCAGCUCCAAGGUGUUUGGGGACAUCCUCGACUUUGCCUACACGUCCCGCAUCGUGGUGCGCCUGGAGAGCUUCCCUGAGCUCAUGACUGCUGCCAAGUUCCUCCUCAUGCGCUCAGUCAUUGACAUCUGCCAAGAGGUCAUCAAACAAUCCAACGUGCAGAUAUUAGUCCCGCCAGCAGCUCGCCCUGACAUCAUGCUUUUCCGCCCUGGCGCUGCCACCACUGAUCUUGGGUUCCCCCUUGACAUGACCAAUGGCACUGGACUCGCACCCAAUGGCAAUGGAAUCGCUGGAAUGCCUGAAGAUGAGGCCACCAGGGCCGCGCUCUCUGCAGCUGCCCAGUCGUCCUUGCCCGUCCUGCAGGGUGUAGACCGCCUGCCCAUGGUAGCAGGCCCGCUGUCCCCACCCCUGCUGGCUUCACCCUUCCAGAACGUCAGUCCUGCUGCUCCCUCCUUGAACAGCAAAAGGGGAAGGGGCCGACCCCGCAAAGCCAACCUUUUGGACUCCAUGAUGUUCAGUGCGCCGGGGGGCUUGAGGGAUGCUGGUAUUCUUCCUUGUGGCCUCUGCGGGAAAGUAUUUACGGAUGCCAACCGCCUGCGGCAGCACGAAGCUCAGCACGGGGUCACCAGCUUACAGUUGGGCUACAUAGACAUCCCACCGCCGAGGCUUGGUGAAAAUGGGGUGCCUGGUCUGGAUGACUCCGAGGCCCCCCGAAAGAGAAGCCGGACAAGAAAGCAGGUGGCUUGUGAGAUCUGUGGGAAGAUUUUUCGGGACGUGUACCACUUGAACCGGCACAAGCUGUCGCAUUCUGGUGAGAAGCCUUACUCCUGCCCGGUGUGCGGGUUGCGGUUCAAGAGGAAAGACAGAAUGUCCUAUCACGUUCGGUCCCACGAUGGGUCUGUGGGGAAGCCUUACAUUUGUCAGAGCUGCGGAAAAGGUUUCUCUAGGCCUGACCACUUGAACGGGCACAUCAAACAGGUGCACACGUCAGAGAGACCUCACAAGUGUCAGGAAAUUUCCAGCCUCCAUGGAAUAAGCUCAGAGACAUCUACAUCCAUAGAACAGUUGAAACUUCAAGAGACUUGCAAUGCUUCCUUUGCUACCCGCGACCGGCUGCGCUCACACCUUGCGUGCCAUGAAGACAAAGUUCCAUGCCAGGUCUGUGGGAAGUAUUUGCGAGCAGCGUAUAUGGCUGAUCAUUUGAAGAAACACAGCGAAGGACCAAGCAACUUUUGUACCAUCUGCAACAGAGGUUUCUCCUCUGCCUCCUACUUAAAGGUCCAUGUUAAAACCCACCACGGUGUUCCCCUUCCCCAGGUCUCCAGGCACCCGGAGCCCAUCCCGAAUGGGGGAGCAGCGUUCCACAGCAUCAGGACCUAUGGCAUCAAAGAAGGCCAGAAAUGCUCACAUUCGGACCAGAUUGAGAGUUCAGAUUCCUAUGGCGAUCUCUCCGAUGCCAGCGACCUCAAGACCCCCGAGAAACAAAACGCCAAUGGUUCCUUCUCCUGCGACAUGGUGGUCACCAAAAAUAAAUUGGAGUCAGAGGGAGAUAAGAAGUACCCCUGUCCUGAAUGCGGAAGCUUUUUCAGAUCCAAGUCCUAUCUCAACAAACAUAUACAGAAAGUUCAUGUUCGCUCCCUGGGGGCCCCAUUAGGGGACUUGGGCCCUGCACUGGGCUCCCCCUUUUCACCCCAACAGAACAUGUCUCUUCUGGAAUCAUUUGGGUUUCAGAUUGUUCAGUCUGCAUUUGCAUCCUCCCUAGUGGAUCCAGAGGUCGACCAGCAACCAAUGGGGCCGGAUGGAAAAUGAAGGCCAGCUUUAACCUUAACAAAACAGUCUGUUUUAUGUAUAAUUAUAAAAUGGCUGUGAACAAGGGGGAGGUAACAGAAUCCAGUUUUGUAGCUGAGGCAUUUUUAAUACCCUUUAGGUUCCCUCCUUCACUUGUUCUCCUCCCCUCUAAAUCUUCCCUGGGUGGAGAAUGUUGGUCACCUGAUGAUUUUCAGGGUGUCUGCAUGACAAUGAAUUGAUGACGACUUUCAGGGCUGCAGUGCAGGCAGGAUUUGUGCAAACCAUCCAAGAGGUCUGUGGAUGGUCCAACUUGGAACCAGGAAAGAAUGAAAAGCCACACUGGUUUGAGAAUUUUAAAGAAUCCAAGUUGACCCGGCAGAGAGAGGUAGCCUUCUUGAUACCCUUGAUCUUCUCAUUCUCUCUGCCCCAUAACUUUCCUGAGAUUCUCAUAUUAGCAUCAUUGUCUGCUCAUAAAAACACACCCUGUGGUAUCUAGUAGGUAAAAGUGCCGUUCUUUUUACAAAACAGAAAUCAAGCUUUCUUUCUUUUUUAAGUUAUUUUUGUUUUUAAACAAUGCAGAUUCACAUCAAAGUGGGUGCCGCAAGAUUGACGGGCAAUGCCACCACCAUCUGGCUGUCAGCAAAUCCAAAACAUGUUCCUGGGACAAUCCAAUGGGAAAUUCUCCUGCACAAUCUACAUAUACGGGGGCCCUAUUCAUUUCAGUGGGCCUUGGCAGGAGAAUUUCCAGCAGAUGGUGCCCUUUGUUUGUUUCUCUAAUCUUCACAAACUUUCUAUUGGUUUUCUGGAUCUCUCUUUUUUGUUAUUAUUACCUUUAUGAUUUUAGGACCUGUUAUAGUGAUUUGCCACUGAGAUGCCCUUUCAAGGCAAUUAUACGGAGAGCUCUUAAAGCAGCAGUCAUAUUAGGGGUAGUAUUAAUUUUUUAGAUGUAUCAUAAUUAAUAACUUGGCUAGUUGAUUGUUUUUUAAGUCUAUGGAAUAAAAUAGUUAUGCAAAACGGAAAAAAAGGAAAAAAUGAAUAGAAGAGGUUAAAAAUAAAAAAUAACAACAGUGCACACUUCGUUGGUUGAUGCUGGUUUGAUGCAUAAAAGACCCCAGAAGAUUAAAUUGAUCAGCGAUAGGAUACAUUUUUCUGUACCGCCAACAUGUUUAGUGCAAUUAAAUAUAUAGGGUUCACAGAGUGAUUUUUUUUAAUAAUUGGAUUGGACUGCAUUAAAGAAGUUAGAAUGUUACU